AUGGCCCGCGGCAACCAGCGCGACAAGGCCCGCGAGGCCAACCUCAAGAAGCAGGCCGCUGUGAAGUCGAAGAACAGCAAGAGCGGCAGUGAGAUGCAGCGCGACAAGGAGGCGGUCGCUGCCAAGAUGAGGGAGAAGCAGGCGGCCGCCGACGCCAAGAAGGCGGCCGAGGGCAAGAAAUAA